AUGGGCAAGCUGCUGGGCAGUGGACGGGGCCGGGGCGGGGCCAAGCCCGAGGGCCCCUCCAAUCCUCAGACUCCUGGGUGCCCGGUUUCUUCUUCUUGGACCCGCGGAUCUGGGGCCACUGGAGGAGUAGACAGCGUCGGACGUCGGGUCUCGGUGCCAGCGCAGUGCCAGGUUUGCCGGGAGCGGACCCCUCAGGCUUGUGCUGGUCCCCGGGGCGGGAAGGAGGGACCGGCGGGGGGCGGGCUCGGGCGCCGGGACCCCGCUGGGGUGGUGCCGUGNCGCCUCUCCCUGGGCGGCACCCGGCUGCUGGCGCUGCCCGCCGACUUCGCGCAGCUGCAGAGCCUGCGCUGCCUGUGGAUCGAGGGCAACUUCCUGCGGCGCUUCCCGCGGCCGCUGCUGCGCCUGGUGGCGCUGCAGUCGCUGCAGAUGGGCGACAACCGGCUGCGCGCGCUGCCCGCCGAGCUGCCGCGCAUGACGGGCUUGCGCGGCCUCUGGCUCUACGGCAACCGCUUCGAGGAGUUCCCGCCCGCGCUGCUGCGCAUGGGCCGCCUGCACAUCCUCGACCUCGACCGCAACCGCCUGGGCGGCUUCCCCGACCUGCACCCGCUGCGCGCCCUGCGCGUCUUCUCCUACGACCACAACCCGGUCACUGGGCCCCCGCGCGUCGCCGACACCGUCUUCCUCGUGGGCGAGGGCGCCGUCGAGCGCAUGGCCGAGCGCGACGAGCCCACGCCCAGGCCGCCUCCCCGGCGCCCGGCGCGAGCCUUUGAGGACGAGGAGGAAGAGGACCUGCUCAUAGGGAGCGCUGGCUCCCGGGCUCUGGGGCCCCCCGGAGGCAGCCUCCGCGCCCUGGAAGGCGCUCCAGGACUGGGCACCUGAGUCUGUGCUCUGGGUGAUGGGCUUCUGCCAUUCUGGAAGGGGAGGCUCUGGGAAGCUGUGGCUACCUAGGUCUGGUGGGCUCCGAUUUGGGGCAGUGGAGGGGCCGCUUUGGGCCAGCUGCCCGGCACAGGCAGGCCUGGGGGCCAUCUUCAGACACUUCUCGGUAGUAAGAAGACUGCUCCCUGGCUGAUCUGUGGGCAGUCGUCAGACCAAGAAGUUUGGGCUCCAAGAAGAGGCACUGACAACACAGCAGAGGUGCCAGCUUCCUCUCCGGACCAGGGUCACCGCUGUCCAUGGAAUCGUCACUUCUCACUGAGCCUGGAUGCCCAGGGCACCCACCACCUCCUUCCUCCUGCGGUUUGGAUCUCGUGGGCCCACCCUGCCUGGUGCAAGAGCUGCUACCUCUGGGGUGGACUGUGUGCCCGUGAGGUAGAACUGCCCUUGGGAGGAGGGCCUGGCCCAGAGGUGCAAGUGCCAGCACAGAAGUGGGAAACUAAGAUUGGGGCCCUAACACCUCAGCUGCCCUCACCCCUCCACCCGGGCUUGUGGAACAUGCCUCCCUCCCCAGACCCCCUAAGAUUUGUAUGGGACACAGAAGGCAGGGUCUCCUCCCCUUCCUUUUCUUCUGUUCUCUUUUCCCAGCAAGUGCCUGAAAUCUUGCUGGGAAAAGAGAGCUGUCCCUCCCCUUCCCCACAGCCUGAGCCUUCCAGCUGUCAAGUUUGAAAAGAAGCCACUGUGCCUCCAAGGCCUCCUGCACCGAAGAGAGGGGCUCUCUGCUCUGGGAAGCUGCUCCAGCUCCUCUCCCACUGCCUGCACUCUCCAUUCCCUUAAAUGGGCACAGCCAGGGUGGCUGGCACGGCGUGGUUCAUGGGACGGGCACUAUGUGCCUCCAAUCCGUCACCGGGGACAACUUCCAGGGUGUGAGGAGACAGGCCUUGCUCUGCAGUUCCCAGGGCCAGAUUGUUCCCAUCCAAGCAAUAACAGGAGGAGAGGGUCAGGGCCGAGGACACUCAGGGACACUGCCAGGGACAGGGGCCCCACAUGGUAGUGUUUUCUUUAGGAAGAAAAAAAAAAUGGCUGUAAACAUAAAUUAUAUUUCUUGGAGAAAGAA